AUGUCGGGGGGUGGUGUUGCGCAUUCACGACAAAUACUCUCGAAUGCACCGUCCUCUUCACAAGGUCCCAUCUCGAGACAACUAGCUGCUAUCACAGCUCAAAAUCCUGCAGCUGUAUCGUCAUCAUCGUCAACUGGCCUCUCAUCGUCGCCAUCUAGCAGCCAGUCCACGAACAUCACCACCAGUUAUGUUCGAACCAUACCCGCCUCUCCAACGAUUGUUUCUCAAGGUGAGCGAUUGGUUCAUUGA